AUGUCUUCUGAUUGCGACACAGAAAAGUCAGGGAUCUCUUUGGACAGGUGAGUCGGGUUACUGUAGGAUUACAGUAUGUUUAAGCUUCCCCCAACCAGGGGUGUGCGGAAAAAUUUUUUUCGGAAAAAUUUCGGAAAAUCGGUUUUUUUCCGAAUUUUUUUCGGAAAAUUUCGGAAAAAUCGGAAAAAUCGGAAAACUCACUUGUUCAUUGGUUCAAUAAAGUGUUUAAACAACGUUCUAAUACAAAAAAAUGCUUAUUAUGAUUUGAAAUCACUUGAGUGGGCGGAAGCCAAGCAAUGGAAUAUUUUUUUGCAAAAAAAUUCGCCGAGAGAAGCUCUCCGGGUCCAGUGUUUUCCGAUUGUCAGUGAGAAUCAGGGGUGUGCGGAAAAUAUUUCGAUUUUCCGAAAUUUUCCGAUUUUCCGAGAAAUUUUCGGAAAAAAGACGCUCGCUGCUAGACCCUUCCAAAAAUUUUGUGAUGCGCCUUUAAAAAGCAUACGGUGGUUUCGGACAAAUUGACCUUGCAUCCACACUAAUUUUCCGAAAAUUUUGCCGAAAAUUUUCGGAAAAUCGGAAAAUUUCGGAAAAUCGAAAUAUUUUCCGCACACCCCUGCCCCCAACUCUUACACGAACUUUUACGUUAGCCUUCCAUUUCACAGCAUCCGUUCGCCGUUACACGAAAAAAGAACGGAAUGGCGUGCCAUGUGGAUAUCGAUCGGAAUGCAAUUUGUGGUGGGCGUCCAGAUUUCCGUCUACUACAUGUCCAUGUGGCCCUAUCUUUCCGGACUCGACACAACCGCCGAUAUGGACUUUUUGGGAUGGGUCGUCGCCGCGUGCAACAUCGGGUGUACUAUUGUGCGUUUGAAUGUUGAGAUAUCGAAAAGUUGCCAAUUGUUGAAAUGCUCAAAAAGAGAUUGUGCGCAUUUUAUCAGUUGACCACUUUUUGAUAUCUCUUCGCGCCGCCAAACUACACCACUUUCUUUCAGUCGAACCCCCUCUACGGCUUGUGGAACCAAAAGACGCUCUCUUGCAAACGGCCCACAAUAACCGGAUUCCUGAUCGCCGCCGUCGGACAAGUGAUGUACGGGGCGAUAAGUGAAGUGAAGGAGCACGGGAAAUGGUACAUGCUCGUGGCUCGAGUCGUCACCGGGCUCGGAGUCGGCAAUCUGGCGGCUCUGAGGGCCUACGGAGCCACUGCAUCGACGCCCGGCGACCGGCUCAAGGCGAUAUCCUACGGGACCGCCGGAUUCGUGUUCGGCAUCUCGUUCGGACCCGCCAUUUCGGUCAGCCAUCAUCAAACACUCAUCAAGAACGCUCGUUUAUUUGCAGGCCGUGUUCACUCCGCUCGGCGAAAGUGGCUUCACGAUUUGGAUUGUCACUUUGAAUAUGUACACCACCGCCGCCUACCUCAUGGCCUUCAUUUGUGUGCUUGCCUCCCUACUCAUGGCCUUCUUCUUCACUGAACACUAUGCUGGAAUUAUGGAAAAAGAGUCGAGUGAUGAGAAGGGUGAGUUUAGCAGAGUUGAGCGGAAGAACUCAACGGAAGAACUCACGGAAGAAUUUUUAUCUUUUUUAGAAAAUUUUUUCAUGAAAUGUGAUCAACUGACGAAAUGUAUAGCAAAGUGAACUGUGCUCAUAGAAAAAUAAUUGGAAAUUUAGCUUUUCAUACAAAAAAGUUAUUCGAGUACGGAAGACGGAAGGACAUUUUAACGGAACAACUCGAAUAACUUUUUUGUAUGAAAAGUUAAAUUUACAAUUAUUUUUCUAUGAGCAGAGUUCACUUUGCUAUACAUUUCGUCAGUUGAUCACAUUCCAUGAAAAAAUUUUCUAAAAAAGAUAAAAAUUCUUCCGUGUUUUUCUGCUCAACUCUGGUGAGUUCACGGCGCCAAACUUCACAUCAAGACGAUUUCAGGCAAUUCGUACUUGGUGGUACCGAAAUACGACCUGGUGCCGGCACUCAUUUGCAUCUAUCUCUACAUGAUUGUCAGUAUGAUCGCCACCAACAUCGAGGUGUACGUUUUCUUGACUUCCUUGACUUCUAGAAAACGUCGUUCAGAUUGUCGACACCGCUGACGACAGUGCUGUACGAUUGGAGGGAUUCGCAGGCGAUUCUCUACAACGGAAUCAUCGAGUCGAUCACUUGCGUCGUCUCGGUGCUCAUCAAUUUCGGCAUCGGCCGGACGAGGAUCGGAAAAAUGUAUCCUGGGAAAAAAAUUAGAGCAUCUGGAAAACAAAGCGUUGAAUUUAGUGACAAACGCCUUCAAAUUCUGUUCGGACUGGCGGUUUUCGUGGCGUUUCAUCUCGUCAACUAUCCCUGGUGGUUCUACUCCGGACCUCUACACUUUCUGCCGCCAGGUCAGCGUUUUUAAAUGUUUGGAAUGUGUUACGAAACUCGUAUAGUAUCUCUGUACAAAAUUUCAGAUCAUUUAGACACCUAUAAGCUACUUUUUAACUUUGUCAAACCAAGCGUGUUCGCUCGAAAAAUCAGUUUUUUCGGGUUUUC